GGGGCAGGUCAGGGGGCCGUUGUCGUGCAAGUCGUUCAGUCACGCAAACUAUAUAUUUUUUGUUGUUGCUAUAUUCUUUGCUAUACUUGGCUUUGACUGUGUUGUGAUCUCAAAUAAUGACAAGCAAUGAGAAAACCAGCCCAUUUGAUACCAUGGCGCCGGAGGACUCUCAGGGAGAUAAUACAAAGUCCAGAGAGGAACAGGAGGAGAAACUGAUUCUUACAGCCUGGCAGAGUAUGUCUUCUGUUCUGCAGCUACAGAGUUUGUUUGAGGACUCCACAGCUCCAGGCCUUGGUCAGUCUUUCCUGGCUAAGCAGAGGCAGUCCACCCAUGCCAGGAGGGUGUUUUCCCCCUGGUUACAGCCCAGGUAGGAGCCUUCAUCCUCAUGGAGAGCCCUACCUCCUGCUCUCAUGAGCAGAAUGUGGAAGAAGGUCUCACUGUAUGUGUUCUGUUGGGUUUGCCGCUAUCACCCCCUGCUGGUAAAAUGUGGUACUAAAGUGACAGUUUUGUAACAACUAGAUAGAAAUGAA